AUAAAUAAAAACCCUAAAAACCGGAUUUUGAGAUUUCUAGGGUUACGCUUACGCAUAUCUGGUUUCUGUUCUGUCUUCAUUGUGUCAACUCCAGCAACCAACGAAGAUGGUGAAGGGACGACAAGGAGAGCGCGUCAGGCUCUACGUGAGGGGCACAAUCCUUGGAUACAAAAGAUCCAAAUCAAACCAGUACCCAAACACAUCUCUGAUCCAAAUCGAGGGGGUGAACACAAAGGAAGAGGUAGCAUGGUAUGCUGGCAAGCGAAUGGCCUAUAUCUACAAGGCCAAGGUGAAGAAUAAUCAGAGUCACUACCGCUGCAUAUGGGGUAAGGUCACAAGGCCUCAUGGUAACAGUGGUAUUGUUCGGGCAAAAUUCAAGUCAAAUCUUCCUCCAAGAUCAAUGGGAGCCCGGGUAAGAGUAUUUAUGUAUCCAAGUAACAUAUGAGAUUCAGGUGAUUAGAUGCUCGGUAAAAUUCAUAGCUGAUUUGUAGGUGCAAGGAUUUUUAUUUCAUUUUCGAUGUAGUUUAUUGUCGUUUAUAUCUGUAACUUGUGAGAAUAUUUUUUUGGUUUUUACGGUUUUAGGACCAAAUGGUACUAUCUAUUGUGUUGGCUAUUCUCUAUGAAGAUUAUAUAUUCAUUAUUAUGAAGUUUGUCUACUUUUUC